AUGAGCUUCAACGACUUGGAAAGGGGUCAAAGUCAACCUCUACUAAGGGGUAAUGCACCUGACCAAGAUGCUACUUUUACCGCUCUUAAGGACUCAGUAUCAAUUCAGAUAUUCAAGAUCCAAAGUAAUGUUCAAGGUAUACAGAAAUUGGUAGAUAAGUUGGGUGGGAAUGGGGAUGGACCAGCUUUACGGACGAGUCUACACAACUUGACAGAAGCUACUCGAGAGAUGGUCAAGAAAUCUACCGACGACGUAAAGAAAUUAGCAGCAUAUCCAGCAGGAGGGGAAUUUUCAAAUCGUAAACCAAUCCAAACCAAAUUAUCCAAAGAAUUCGGUAAUGCCAUAACGUCUUUCCAGAGGGUAUCACGUCAAUCGGCAGAAAGACAAAGGAGUUUUGUUGAAAGUCAAAAAAGGAGAGUAGACAAGUUGGUAGAAGAGUCUGAAGAAGCUCAUGAAGAACCUAGAUCUUCGGUCGAGCUGGAACAGGUCCAAGCUCAACAGCAGGUCCAACAGGUAUCACCUCAAGAACUUGAUUUCCAAGAAACCCUCAUUGCUGAACGAGAAGCUGAAAUAAGGGAGAUUGAAAGUGGUAUACAUGAAUUGAAUGAUAUUUUCAGAGAUUUAGGUACGAUGGUCGUCGAGCAAGGUGGAUUGAUAGAUAACAUUGAAUCAAAUGUCACUUCCGUUGCGCGCGAUACUUCCUCUGCUGCUGAAGAGUUGACGACGGCACAUGAAUAUCAACGUAAAGCAGGUAGAAGGAUGGCUUGUCUGUUGGUCAUACUGGUUAUUGUAGUUGCAGUUGUUCUCCUCGCUAUUUUAUCCUAA